UUUUUUUUUUACUUUUUAGUCAGCUUUCCUUGCAAGACUCACUCUUGGCGAUAUGCUUUGUGGUCUGUCUACAUUGUAGAUCAAAAGUACUUUUUUUACAGCUGAGUGUACACAAAUCCUACGAAAUCGAGAUGUAGAUCAUAAUUUCAGAUUGUUCAAAACCAUAGUCAGCGUGCAAGCAUGGCGCCCCACAAUUUCUUCUUUGACAUCCUCGAUGACUACCAAAAUGGUCGUUUUUGUGACCUGGAAAUCUGUGGCAUCACAUACGCUACAACAACAAAAAUGAAUCCUAUUCGUUGUCAUAAGCUCAUAAUGUGCUCAGUGAUCGAACAAUGGCGAAACUUAAUCACUGAGGACACGGAUCGCUUGCAUUUGCCGGAUUUCGAUCAUGGCCUCUUGAAGAAAUUUAUCGAUUCGAUUUAUUAUAAACUCACCCUCACCGUUCAUAAUUGGGAUGAUAUCGACCCUGUGAUUGCUACCUUUUUGGGAAUUGAUUGGGCGGAUCAAAUCCCGGCCUUCCCUAUUUGUCAGAAAGAGAUAUCGUCGGCUCAUCAUUCUCCGUACUCGUCCGACAAGGGCACAGUUAAAUACGAUCCCGUGACCUUUCAGGCUGCAAGUGAAGUUGAUCUAGAGUUGGAUAUCUAUGACCAUGCCAUGGAUGUUUUUGACGUAUACAACGUUGGGGAUUGUGAUCACAUAGGGGAGAGGGACGAUGAAGAAGUGGAUGCCAACCAUGACCACUUAACAAAGCAUGAAUAUCAGCUUGACGCAGACGAAUUCAGUGAAACCGAGAGUCUUCAAUCUUCCCAUGCUAAGAAAGCAUUGUCGAGACACAGAAAGUCGAGGCAGGGUAAGAAGAGGCAAAAGCAAUCACGGCGCCCCACACCCAAUGAAAAGGCUUUGAUGGUUAAUUGGAAACGAAUGCAAUCGGACAAUCAUACUAGGUUUAUCCAGGUCGAGGAUGUUAAAAAGAUACUGAAAUCGGGCGAGUCUGGAGCAUUGAAAGUGGACGUGACUUCAUCGCGCGUGACCCCUGACAAUAAAACGGUUCUUCUUAAGUCUUUGACACAAUCAGAAGGAGUGUUUUUUGCUUUAGUUGGUAUCCAACAAAAAGAAGAGAGGAUCCUUGGAAAGUCCCUGGCUUGGACCACGGACCUGGUCCAUGAGGUUGAAGAAUCUUUUUAUCAGACUAUUAGUGCCUUUCAUCAUGUUUUUGGUCUCUCUCGGGUAUCGUUGACCAGUGCAAGUUGUCUAUUCACUUACAGUGGAGUGAAAAGAAGAUCAUUUGCUCAGGGUUUAGUCAAUGAUUUGUACCGAAAGUUUCUAUACCAGAGUACACGAAUGGACUUGAAGAAUGAGCUGAAUCAUCCCGAAAUGCUGGAGGCAUUUUCAGUGUCCGAACCGGAUAGGCAGAGUUUAAAUCUUCCUCUGAAAGAUUAUUCUAUUACAAUGGACCCGAAUUUAGAUCAAUACGAGGAUAUCGUUUUGGUGGGCGUGUACAAACAUGGCGUUGAGGUGCGGCAAAUAAAACUUCCGGAAGAUAAUGCCGAAUAUGCUGCAACAGUGUGUUCCCGUCUUUUGACGUUGGUUUGGGUGGGCGGAAACAAGACGAAAACAUUUCCGGAAAGCCUCAACAUUUACCAGGCUUUUAAGACUCAUGUACGUCUCAACUACACGGGAAAAACCGUCCGGAAACUCUUGGCCUCGGAUGAAGAACUCCCCCGACCGCUUCCAUUGGUCACUUGCGAUAUUUGUGGAAAGCAGUUCCAAGAGAACAUUUAUAUGAACAACAUGAUCAUGCACAAACACAACCAUGUCAUCAAUGAUUUCAAAUGCGACUGUGAUAUUCAGAUUCGAUCAUUCGCUCAAAAGAAGAGACACUACGAGGAACGCCAUCAACCCUCGCGAACCUCUAAACGGCCCAAAGUUGUUCAUGAGUCAAUGAGCUCCAAGGCUGAAAGCCCGCCUAGCGUUUAUGAACGCCCCCAAGUGUGCGAUAUUUGUGGAAAGGUAUUCAUAUCCGCGAACACGCUAAAGUUGCAUGUGGAACGCUCACAUGCCGAUUUACACUGUCCCCAUUGUGAGCAAGAUUUCGGGUCCAUCGUGACAUUCAAAAGGCAUUGGCGGAAAACUCAUCCCACUUUGGAGAUGGAACUACCCUCCCAUUGGAUCUCGUGCGAUCAAUGCGAUGCCGCAUUUCCAAGAAAAAGUGACUACACGAAACAUUGGACCCUCAAUCAUGGCCCAACUGACAUGCAGCCUUUUCAAUGUGGCCUUUGUGAGAAGGGGUUUUGUGACAAGUCCAAGUUGCGAUAUCACAUGAUCAAUAUUCACAUCAAGAAUCGACCCUACCAGUGUCGAAAUGAAGGUUGCACUGUGGCCUUCAACUUCAAUGGCAACUUGUACGCCCAUGAAAAGAAGGUCCAUGGAAAGUCAUUUGGAAAGACGGCAUCGUUGGUCUCGGUUCUCCCAGAUUCAAAGCUUCUGGAAAUGGGCUGUAAACUGACCCAGCCCAUUAGGAUCCGGCAUUAAAUAAAGACCGAUGCAAUCGGCCAUUAAUAAACGGAUGACCUCCUCUUAGGGUUAAAAAUUGCGAA